UCGAAGAUGGCGGCUGAAACAGAGAUGGAAGCAGACGAACAGGAAAGACAGAAUCUCGAUGCUCUUGGUGAAGGGCUUAUUCACGAAGAGUUUAAGGAAGCAGACGAGGUUUCGAACAUUAUAAGCACCCUGAAAGACAUUUACACCGAUCAAAUAGCUGUCGAAAUGGCCCUUGAACGUUUUACUGUUAUAAUGGACAGUUACCAGGAACAGCCUCAUCUUCUGGAUCCCCACCUUGAGAAAUUACUAGGACAGCUCAUUGAAAUUGUGAGAGAAUCGGCAGUUCCAAUGCCAGUUAUCCACUUAGUUUUCAAAUGUCUUUACCUGAUUACAAAGGUUCGUGGCUACAAAGUUAUAGUGCGCUUGAUGCCCCACGAAGUUGCUGAUGUUGAACCAGUAUUAGCAUUAUUGGCCCAGCAGAAUCCUAUGGACCAUGAGACAUGGGAGACCAGAUACGUGCUGAUGAUAUGGUUGUCCAUAGUUUGUAUGAUCCCCUUUGACAUGGUCAGACUUGACAGUAACAUUAAGACUGCCACUGGGGAAGUGAAGAAACCAAUCAUGGACAGAAUCUUGGAUGUUGUGAAGAUUUAUUUGAAUGUGAAUGACAAAGCUUUAGAUGCUGCUGCAUAUUGUGCAGCAAGAUUUAUGACCAGACCUGAUGUGAAAAAAAAGAAAUUACCAGAGUUAAUGGAUUGGCUGGUUCAGGGUCUUGUUAAAGCUGACACCAGCAAAAUGCAGGGCGUGACUGCUAUGAGGGGAGAGCUGGCCACCCUGGCAGCAAUCUUCAAGCAUGGAAAGAGAGAGGAUGUCAUAGAUUUUGCACCGAUUGUCUUGGAAAAACUGGGUGAAUGCAACUUACGUGAAGUCAACAAUACCAUUCUGAGAAAAUUAGCUAUCAAGAUUGUGCAGAGAUUGGGACUUACUUUUCUCAAAUUCAGGGUAGCAGCUUGGAGGUACCAAAGAGGUAGCAGGUCCCUGGCUGAGAACCUGGCCUUGAAGGGCCUGACACCUGCUGUUGCCAAGCCUACUAUGGUGCACACUAAGCUGGAGGAUGAUGAAGAAGAGGAAUUUGAUAUUCCAGAUGAAAUGGAAGAGGUCAUAGAGCAACUGCUGAAUGGAUUAAAGGAUAAGGACACAAUUGUGAGGUGGUCUGCUGCCAAAGGUGUUGGUCGGGUAACUGGCAGGCUACCACAAGAAUUAGCAGAUGAAGUAGUUGGUUCUGUUUUGGAGUUGUUCAGCUUGAGAGAAAGUGACGCAGCUUGGCAUGGGGGAUGUCUUGCUCUGGCUGAACUAGGUAGACGUGGUUUGUUACUGCCAGAGAGGCUGUCUGCAGUCGUCCCCAUUGUAUUGAAAGCUUUGGCCUAUGAUGAAAAGAAAGGUGAUUUCUCGGUGGGAGCCCAUGUCAGGGAUGCAGCUUGUUAUGUGUGCUGGGCCUUUGCCAGAGCAUAUGAUCCUGAGGAGAUCAAGAUAUAUGUUAACAAUAUUGCAUGUUCCCUUGUUAUAGCCUCAGUAUUUGACAGAGAGGUUAAUGUACGGAGGGCGGCCUCUGCAGCCUUCCAGGAGAAUGUAGGAAGACAGUGUACAUUUCCUCAUGGUAUAGAUAUACUCACUACUGCAGACUACCAUGCUGUGGGAAACAGGACCUAUUGCUAUCUUGAACUGAGUGUAUUUGUUGCACAGUUUCCGGAGUAUACCAAAGCAUUGAUAGAUCACCUGGCACAGGUCAAGGUGAACCGCUGGGACAGUGUAAUACGUGAAUUGGCAGCACAAGCAUUGUAUAAACUUACUCCAUGUUCUCCUGAGUAUAUGGCAAAUACAAUUCUCCCUGCCCUCCUACCUCAAACCACAGGCAUAGAUUUGAACACCAGGCAUGGGACUAUUCUGGCAGUGGCACAUAUAACCCAGGGGCUGGCAGAGUGGGCACAGGAGAAUGGGAAAAAAAUAACUGAUGUGGUGGAUCCUUCUAUUAUUGAUGGGUUGAAAAACAUUGCAAAAACACUUCAAGAUGCAAAACUUUUCCGUGGAUUGGGAGGGGAAUUGAUGAGAAGAGCAGUUUCCUGUUUGAUUGAAAAAUUGUCAAUAGCCAAGAUGCCUUAUCAUAAUGACACUAUCAUCGACUGCUGGCAGGAGAUCAUUGAUGACUGCCUCAGGCAUAUAGAACCUUCAAUACAGGCUGCUGCGACUUCUGCCAUUCCUGCCUUUUUCUCCGAGUAUCAUUCUCUGCCUGAUGGUUCUCCCAAACCUGAAUUUCAAGAAAAGAUUUUGACUAGGUACUUAGAAGAGCUCAAGAGCAUAGUUGAAAUUACUAGGAUGGGCUUUUCUCAGGCCAUAGGCCAGUUUCCAAAGUUCAUGCUUCAAGGGAAAUUGAAACCAGUUCUUCAAAGCCUGAACCAUGCUGCAACUGUGAUGACAGACAAAGACAAAACCUUUGCUGAAGCUAGAAAGGAGGCACUUAAUGCUAUGACAUGCAUAUUCCAUACAGUGGGUGUGGAGACAGAUGGAAGUCCCCACAGUGUGAUAUGUAAGGAGAACAUACAUGAGCAGUUUGACAUCUUGUUUGUGGCCAUGGGUGACUAUACCCUUGACAGCAGGGGAGAUGUGGGGGCAUGGGUGAGAGAAGCUGCCAUGUGUGCCCUUUGUGAAUUAAUUACCCUAACUGUCAAAGUGAAUCCAACACUUAUAACUGCUGAAAUAACAAAGCAUUUAUUUUGCUGCCUGGUUCAACAAGCAUCUGAAAAGAUAGACAGAACAAGGGCACUUGCUGGGGAGACAUUCAUGAAGCUGUUAUAUCACAGUCCAGAAAUUCCAAACAUUCCACACAAAGAAGAACUUUUACAGAUAUUUCCAUGGGAGGAAAUAAAAGGUUUAAACUGGGCAGUACCAAGUGAUACAUUCCCAAGGCUUACCAAACUGCUAAGUGUACCAGUGUACUGCUACUCUGUUCUGCUGGGAAUGACAGUCAGCGUGGGUGGAUUGACAGAGUCUUUAGUGAAGCACUCUGGAACUUCAUUAAUUGGCUACCUAAAAAGCCUCUCCAAUGAUGCUGGAGCUGUACAAAACUUUGCAGAUGUCUUGAUAAAAAUCUUCAAAGAUUACCAAAAAGUUGACAGGGUUUCUCUGCCAAUGUUGAAAAUGCUAGAUCAGUUGUUAACUAAUGGGUGUUUUCAAGUCAUAUGUGAAGACGAAAGCAACACAUUUCCUAUGGAUUUAUUAACCCUUUGUAAGCAGGAGAUAUCCCGCAGUGGAGCAGUGCAGAAGCUGCUGGCCAGCAUCGAUAUAUUCUGCACAUUACUUCAGUUUUCAUCAGAAACCAAAAAGAAGGCACUCAUUCAAUUAAUGGUGUUCCUCUGUCACAGAUAUCCUAUUAUCCGGAAGACGACUGCAAAUAAAGUGUAUGAAGCAUUGGUGACAUAUGAAGAAGUAGGCCCAGAUGAGAACUUGGAUGAACUUCUUACUCUCUUGAGUGAAACAUCAUGGGAUGAUGAAGUAGAAAAAUUGCGUCCAAUGAGAAAUCAGCUCUGCAGCUUGUUUAAUGUGCCCCCACCAGUUAUGAAGAAGCAGCCCAUGAAGGAAUCCUAAGAAAAAAAUGAAAAAAA